CAAACAGAAAUACGAGGGAGGUUGGAACAAAUUAAAGAGCAAUGCGCCAGGUUGAGAGAGGAAACGGAGGUGAUUGCGAAGCAGAAAGCUAGGAGUCAGCUUCUGCUCGCUCUUGUAUUCAAAAUCCUCAAGGCUCGUGAAGCAGGGGACUUCGCCACUGCAGUCAGUUUCACUCGGGCCCUCAGGGAGGUGAUACAGAAGCAAGGAAACAAAUAAAGGAAUAGCAGUGAUUGAUAAAUAAAGUCUCCGAUUUGUGCUAAACAAAAAUAUAAUAAUAAUUAUAAUAAGGUUUGGGAUUGCCUUUUUUUUUUUUUAGGGACAAACCAACUGGGUGUGAGAGAGAAGGAGGGUUUUGUGAAUAAAUGGUCAGUUAAUUUUCCUCAAGAUUACUGUACUUAAGUGUGAUUGUAUUUUUUGUUUAAGGCCUUGUAAUUUGUUGAAUGAACCAGAUCAUCAGCAAAACAGAGUACAACAUUGCUCGUCGCACAAAUCAAAAUUAGCAUCCAUGGCUGUGAGUAGAAGAAUUCAGGUCGAAUCCAGAAACCGAAUUGGGUUUUCUCGAUCCACACGGCCAAGGAAGCAAAAAGAAUUGAGAAUAAACAUGAAGCGAUUGAAAGUGGAGAUGGCGGAGAUCAGUAUAGAUCAGAAACGGAUUAGAAAAGACCAAACAGAAAUACGAGGGAGGUUGGAACAAAUUAAAGAGCAAUGCGCCAGGUUGAGAGAGGAAACGGAGGUGAUUGCGAAGCAGAAAGCUAGGAGUCAGCUUCUGCUCGCUCUUGUAUUCAAAAUCCUCAAGGCUCGUGAAGCAGGGGACUUCGCCACUGCAGUCAGUUUCACUCGGGCCCUCAGGGAGGUGAUACAGAAGCAAGGAAACAAAUAAAGGAAUAGCAGUGAUUGAUAAAUAAAGUCUCCGAUUUGUGCUAAACAAAAAUAUAAUAAUAAUUAUAAUAAGGUUUGGGAUUGCCUUUUUUUUUUUUUAGGGACAAACCAACUGGGUGUGAGAGAGAAGGAGGGUUUUGUGAAUAAAUGGUCAGUUAAUUUUCCUCAAGAUUACUGUACUUAAGUGUGAUUGUAUUUUUUGUUUAAGGCCUUGUAAUUUGUUGAAUGGUGUCAAUGUUCAAAAUUAUAGUAGUGUUGUGAUGUUGUUUUAAAGUUUUGUAAAAGUCUAUAAUUGUUAAACAUUAAUUGAAAUUAAUAAUUUUAUUACUA